AUGUUCAUUUACAAAAUUACUAAAUAUAUCUUUUUCAACACAUAAAACAUUUUUUAUUUCCUUAAAUUUUAUGAUUGCUGUUUUCAAUAAAGACUUGAAUGUGACAGUAACAGCACCUAAAUUAAAAUAGCAGCAUAAAUUUCCUCAAAUGUGAUUUCUUUCAAAAUGGAGUCUUCCCCCCCACAAAUAUGUGAGGGACUGCAACAUAUGUCGGAGUCUAUGUUUGUGGGACUGUGUGAGAUAGUGGGGACCUCACAACAGGUAGCCAUCAGGAGGGAGACAAUAGACAUCGGGGAGAUGGUGGACAGACGAGUGAAACGUUAUGAUGGGAUCAUUCAGAUGAUGAGUGGAAGUAUGAGGGAAGGAUUCAGACUAGAGGGAUCAGAUGUGGACUGGAUGUACUGGCCAAACAGCCGCCGAGUGAUCAUGGACAUGUCUCACUCUGAGUAUUACAACACAGCCAAUACAGUCUUGAUUCUCUCUGACAGUUCUGAGAGUCCACCAGGAUUCACUCUACUUCAGUUACUGACACGACGAAUGAACAGAGACAUCCACUUAGCAUUAGUCAGAAUGAAUGACAGAGUCUAUAUAUCUAGUUCUAUACACAGACAGUUAACUUGUUCAUCAUUUUUUCUCAAUUCUACUGUACAUGGACCCUGUGGUAGUGGUGUUAUAGGAGGACUAGAAUAUGACACUGCCCACUGUUUUGUUUGUGACUUUUGGCCUUUGUCUGCCUCCUCAUGGAUAGACAGAUGUCACUCAUGGCCUGAUCCUGAAGUUGUUGAUGACAUUGUCAGAAAUGGAUGUCACUUUGUAGCAAUAGGACACCCAUUGGGACCCCAUGCAAAUGAAGAAUGGAGAAUUUCUUUUUCUCGGGCAGAAUAUAAACUAGUGUAUUCAAUGAACCACUGUCAGCUUUUGAUAUAUGGGUUGUUAAAAAUUUUCUUAAAAGAAGUUAUAAAUCAACAAUCAGAAGAAACCAAUAAACUGUUGUGUUCCUAUCACAUGAAGACAACAGUUUUCUGGGCAAUACAACAAAACACAUUGCCUUACUUGUGUCCACAAAAUCUCCUGGCCGGUUUCUGGGUCUGCUUCAAACUCCUCCUCAAAUGGGUGUAUAAAGGGAUCUGUCCAAACUUUUUCAUCCCACAAAACAAUAUGUUUCUGACCAAGGUCAAUGGCUCAGCACAAAACAGAUUGUUCCUACAGUUACAUGAAUUGUACAAGAAAGGUCUGGCCUGUCUGUUACAGAGUUCCUCUAUCAGGUCCUACAUCAUUGAUGUCCUGUACAAUCCUAGACUUUCUAUUUGUACAGAUGAGAGUAUGAUUAGGUCUGAAGUUGAUUAUGAUGUAGAAAAUGUCGCACAGUCCAUAAUCUGUUCCUUUAACCAUGGAGAUAUAAGUCAAACAUCCAAAGCCAUACACACAAUAGAACAGUUUGUGGAGUCACCAAUGACACAUCAUCAAGUUGUACCGAUACAGAAACUUGCAAUCACCAUCCUUCAAAGAACACCUUUCCUAUUACAAAAGAUGAACAAUGACACAGGUGUCAACAAACAGAUGUAUAUUGCAGACAAACUGUCCUGUCACAUGCUGAAAUUAGCAGCCAAGUUUGGGUAUGUAUCUAACAUGUUGUACAUUGCCAUGUAUUAUUACAAGACACUCAGAUACAGGGAAGCAUUAUCUGUUAUGAAGAUGACAAAGGUCAAGUUAGCACAGCCUUAUCUGAUGCAUGAGACACAUGUACACAGAGAGAGGUAUACUGAGGCUGUAGGGGGACAGCCCUGGUCUUCAAAGAUCAGACAGGCUGUAGCAGUGAAUAUCAUACUUAUCAAUGAAUUCUGUUAUAUCAAUGAACUAAUACCAGAACAACAGUCUGCUCUACAGAACAAGUCGCACAAAUUAGUUAUCCCGGUGUUUGUAAUGUUACACUUCCUAGAGUUCUUGUGUUACAGACACAUUGAUACAGCAUUAUCACUAGCAGCUCUAGAUGAGCUACAGGUCCUAGUCCACCACGAUCAGGGACGGUAUGUAUGUGAUAUUUCCAGAGACAUCUCCUGGGAGAUCCUGGGGAUCUGUCAACAGAUGACAGGGAACCUCCAGGCUGCUCUAUAUUCAUACAAACAGUCACUUGACACACAGUAUCCAUUACACCAAAUACACACUUCUACACAGAGGAGAAUACAGGACAUAGUUCAGUCAACACAACACCAGUAUAUUGAGGAUCUGCCUUUAGAUUGA